GUCGCAGGCGCUUCCGUUUUGCAACAUUUCCGGAUUUUGUACCCCACUACGCUUGACGGCAGUACUGACAGAUCAGAGUCCAGUCAGUUGUUUUUUCCGAACAAAACGCCAGAACCUUAGGUCUGAUCCCUGUACGGAGUUCGGAGCACAGUGAACGCACGCGGAGAAGCAACAUGCGACGUUUGUGGGGAGUUUAUUCACAGCGUUAGCUAGCUAGCCAGCUAGGCACCCUAGUUGAAGAAGUCUCGGGCCGGGUUCGGUCCCGUCCAAACUCCCAUGUAAGUCCGAGGGCAGGCUUCGAGCACCCUGGGGGCCAUUAGGGGAGAGCGGCGUGGAUCGGGGUCAGUGUCGUUCCUCCGGAAGAUGUGGCUCCAGCAGAGGUUGAAGGGGCUGCCGGGCUUGCUGUCGAGCAGCUGGGCGAGGAGGCUGCUGGUGGGGCUGCUGCUCCUCCUCAUCUUCUACUGGUACCUGGGAGCGGAUUGGGCUCUGUUCCGCGGCUCCGGGAUGCCCGGGGGGGCGGCCGGCCUGUGCCUCCUGGCUGAAAUACACCGGUGGCAGUCGAUUGUGGAGCGGGGGGAGGGGGUGUACAGCUCCCCCCAGGACCGGCUGGAUGCGCCUUUCGUUUCGGGGAACGGACACAUGCUGGUCGACAUCGACUCUAACAAGCUGUGGGUGGCGUCCUCCUCCCAGCCAGGCUCUGCCCCCGUGCACCAGACCGACUACUCCCCCAGAGUGGGCAUUCAAUUGGAUGGGAAGCGCGCGGAGGCGCGCGCCAGCAUGCUGUGGUUCCGGAAGGGCUCCGUGCUGUCCGUCCGCUGCGCGUCCCCCGCCGCCGCCGAGUCCGCCCGGGACUGCCUCUCCAUCAGGGAGGAGUUCGUCGUUCACCGCAGCAGACCCAACGUGUUCCUGCAGCGAGUCCACAUCAAGAACCCGACGGACACCGCGGCGUCUUUCGACGUGUCCACGCCCAGCUCCUCCCUGGGCUCCAAGUUCUCCACCAGCACGGAGAAGCAGGAGGACCGGGAGGUGCUGCUGUCCUCCGGCAGGGUUCCCGUGGAGAACAACCGCAUGGUGCUGGUGGUGGUGGUGACCAAAAGGCUGAGCAGCAGGAUCCAGGUCCCUGCUAAAUCUGAGCACAAGGACAACAUCCUGUCAGUGGUGUGGACCUCCGAGCCCAUCGAGUCCUCCAAGCUGGAACAGACCUUCAGUGCCCUCAGAGAUGGAGCCAAGCAGGAACUGGGGGAUCUGCUGAGAGGCUCCAUGGAGGACCUGGUCCUGGAUCACCAGCAGGCCUGGGCAGACCUCUUCAUUUCAGGUGUUGAAAUGAGGAAGAUCACGGAUUCUCACACUCCAUCCAGCCACACCGUCAACACCACCCUGUACUACAUCCUGUGCUCCUCCUGGGCCCCCCUGCUCGACCAGCAGCUGAACAAAGACGAGCACGCCCGCCUCGAGUCCAGUCUGAACUACGCGGACCACUGCUUCAGCGGCCACGCCACUAUGCACGCAGAGAACCUGUGGCCUGCCCGGGUGAGCAGCACCGCUCAGAUCCUGCAGCUCGUUACCUUGUGGACUCUGACCCUGCAGAAGAGGGGCUGCAAGGUCCUGGUGGCGGCCGGCGCUCACGGCGUCAUGCAGGGAAUGGUGCUCAGCUUCGGCGGCCUUCAGUUCACCGAGAACCACCUGCAGUUCCAGGCCGACCCGGACGUCCUGCACAACAGCUACGCUCUGAGAGGAAUCCACUACAACCGGGACCUGAUAAACCUGGCGGUGCUGCUGGACGUGGAGGGGAAACCUUUCCUGCACGUGUCGGUGAAGCAGCAGGAGCAGCCGGUGAAGCUGUACGCCUGCGAGGCCGGCUGCCUCAACGAGCCGGUGGAGCUCACGUCCGAGGUCAAAGGCCACACCUUCCCGGUCAUGGUGACCCAGCCCAUCACGCCGCUGCUCUACAUCUCCACGGACCUGCGCCACUUGCAGGACCUGCGCCACACGCUGCACCUCAAGGCCAUCCUGGCCCACGAAGAGCACAUGGCGAACAGAUACCCAGGCCUGCCCUUCCUCUUCUGGUUCAGUGUGGCCUCCCUGAUCACGCUCUUCCACCUCUUCCUCUUCAAGCUCAUAUACAAUGAAUACUGUGGGCCCGGCGCCAAGCCGCUCUUUAGGAGCAAGGACUCCAGAAAGCAUCAGGACGACAGCUGUGACGGCCUGGAUGCUGCAUGAACGUAGCUUCAGUCGGUUCAUAAUAAAGCUGAACACACACACACACACACCCACACACACACACACGUCUACAUUGAAGCAUGCAGGUUCUGACACGCAUGUUCUGGGAGAGUCUUGAAGAUUCUUCCGUUUGCUCCAAAACACAAACACGGCUGUAGUUCACGUCGUCAUGGUUAGAACUCCGGGUUUGAAUCCUGACGGACGGGGUUCAGUGUGUUUGCAUGUUCUCCUGCUUCCUCCCACGGUCCACAGGCAUCGAUCUAUUCACCAGCAGUGGCCACUCCGUCCUGUGGAGGGUCUGGGUCAUCCCAGGACCCAAAAACGUGGCUUUAAACUGCUCCUUAGAAGUGGGAGUGACCGUCAGUCUGCAAAGAACCGGGCCAGAGUUCUUGAACAUUGCAGACCGUUGCAACGGUCACGGUGGUGGGGGCAACAUCCAAACCAUCAUGGUGGUGGGGGCAAAAUCCCGACCAUCGUGGUGGUGGGGGCAACAUCCAGACCAGCACAGUGGGGGGGGGCAACAGCAGAACCUGAACCUGCAGAAGGAACUCUGGGAUCUAGCAUGAAAACGGGUCACCUGAUGGAUUCAGGUGUGCUUCAGGUUCUCUCACACCUGUGGAAAGGUGGAUUUGAAGUUCUCGCCUUCAAAGCGGCGUUCUUGCUGCUGACUGCGUGAAGAGCUGCUCAGCUGGUUUUCCUGCUAACCGCGGGUCAGAACUCCAGCAGAACAUUGUCAACCUGGAUCUCCUUUCUUACUGCUUUGGACAGACGUUGGAAUCCAGACCGGCUGUGAGACGAGGUGCUGGAGGAGAUCCAGACUGCAGGAAGCUGCUGGGAUGAGAGGUUUUAUUAUGCCGACUCCUUUUUUUCCCUGGAUCUGGUCUAAGCAGGAUGACCUCAGGUUAUCCGGACCGUUAACUUCAGCUCUGAAAUAAAGAACUGGGCUAGAACUCUUGAACAUUGACAGGUUUUGAAUGUGGUUCCUCUGUUCUGGAUGAUGGAUCUGCAGAACCUUCAGACUAGUAAGCGUGCCUUAAUGAAGAAAUAAUUUAUAGCUGGGAAUGUUUUCUGUCCGAAUGAAGCAAAUGGAAGGUUUGUCUUUGGGGAAAUAAGUCACUGAAAUGUGAAACUUUGUUCUUUUCUUCUUAUUGUGGGGCUUAACCCUUGUGCUAUCUUAGAUGACCCACCCUUACAUUGACGUGUUCUCCCUACCAUGACAAAGG